UGCAUGGGGGCGUUUCAAUGCUAGUUUUUUACAAAAAAAAGUAAAUCCUAUAUAAACAAUGAGAUUUUUUAUAUUGGGAUAAUAUAUAACUGACAUUUGAAGUCUUUGAUUUGUUACGAGGUAUGGAACAUCUUUCUGUUAAAAGAAGUAAAAAUAGAAGAAAAAAACGUAAUGUGAGAAAGCGUCGACGCGAACGUAUCAAAUUAGAGGUUAAAUCAAUCAAAAGUCAACGAUUGAUAAGAGAGCUUGCUGAUGUUUCUUUUUGUAAAGAAGAAGUAAUAGCGAACACGAUGCAAGCUGAUGCGUUUUGGAAAAAUUAUGCAGCUGCUCAAGAGUGGCAAAAGAGGCACAGCGUAACAUGGUGGAGAUCUCGUUGUCUGGCUUUGGAACAUGAGAAUGAAAUAUUACGAAAUAAAAUUAGGUCUUUAAUUGGACAAAGUAAUAAACAGACUAACAAUAAAAAGACUUUUAAGCGACAACAGAAUAGUUGUAAAAAAGAUAAUAAUUUCCAAGAUAAUCAUAAAGACGAAUCUAAAAAUGAUCAGGAUUUAGAAUUUCACGUAGAUGAGGAUAUGAUGACCUUCUUAGAACAAAGUUUACGUCAUAAGAUGGAGUUGAAACAAAAACGCGAACAAGAAUUAGCAGCUAGCAAAAAAGAGAGUAUAGUUCCUGUGGAAGGUGGAGCAGCUUGGGCUCAUACUCGAAGUAAAGAAGCAAAAUUAUUAUAUGGCGAUGCCAGUCCCACGAUAUUGGCUAUGGAAACUGCUUUACAGGCCACGAUAGAAAGACACAAAGAUAAAUCAAAACCUCAAUAUUGGCCGAAUAUUCCUUUAAGACUAUAAACUAUUUCAUUUCUUAAAUUGUUUUAAUGCGUGUAAUUUAAACAUUUGUAAUAAAAAGAGUUUUCAAUUUCA